AGCUACAGAGGAGGGGAGGCCAUUUUGUACAGCGAGGCGUCUGUACAUGUCUGUAUUUCUGUGUUCACGUCAGUAGCAGGAAGCGUGCCAUUGUGCGUAGCCUAUGAGAGCGAAAACCCUGUAGAUAGGCGAGCGCUAGUAACAACACCCAAGUCUAUUUCUUCACUUUUCCCUCGCGUUCACUUCCCUCUCUCCGCUGUUUCCUCUGUGCAAUGGAUGGCGGAGUAGGUGACCAUGCAGACACUGACUGCCAGCAGGACCCUGAGAACCCUCUCUCCUCCUUCUUCCUGUGUGGCCGCACUACCAUGAGCAAUUCCACCCCAUCCACAGCUAAUGGCAACGACAGCAGAGUGUAUAAAGGAGACCGCCCCCCCUGUGGCCCCUCCCGUGUGCUUCACGUUCGCAAGGUUCCUCUGGAGGUGUCAGAAGCAGAGCUCGUCUCUCUAGGAAUCCCCUUCGGGAAGGUCACUAACCUGUUGAUGCUGAAAGGAAAGAACCAGGCCUUUUUAGAGAUGGCGUCUGAGGAAGCAGCUAUCACCAUGGUGAACUACUACACUACAGCCACGCCCCAUGUCCGUAACCAACCUGUCUACAUCCAGUACUCCAACCAUCGCGAGCUAAAGACAGACAACCUGCCCAAUCAGGGGAGGGCCCAGGCAGCCCUGCAGGCCGUGAAUGCAGUGCAUUCUGGGAACAUGGCGCUGUCCGGGUCUGCGUCAGCCAGUGAUGGCCCCCUGAUGCCAGGACAGAGCCCAGUGCUCCGCAUCAUCGUGGAGAACCUCUUCUACCCCGUCUCUCUGGAAGUGCUGCACCAGAUCUUCUCCAAGUUCGGGACAGUCUUGAAGAUCAUCACCUUCACCAAGAAUAACCAGUUUCAAGCCUUGCUUCAAUAUGCUGACCCUAUGAAUGCACACCACGCCAAAGUGACUUUAGAUGGCCAGAACAUCUACAAUGCCUGCUGUACUCUGCGUGUGGAGUUCUCCAAGCUGACCAGCCUGAAUGUCAAGUACAACAACGACAAGAGCCGGGACUUCACCCGCCUGGACCUGCCCUCUGGGGACAGCCAGCCCACCAUGGACCCUGGCAUGACUGCCGCCUUCGGAGCCCCAGGAAUCAUCUCAUCUCCAUACGCAGCAGCAGGUUUUGCCCCCGCCAUGGGCUUCCCCCAAGCAGGUCUGUCGAUGCAGGCGAUGCCCGGCGCUUUGGGGCCCCUCACUCUGUCAGGCUCGGCCGUGGCAGGACGCAUGGCCAUCCACGGCAUGGCCCCCCCUGCUGUGCACGCAGUUCUACUGGUCUCCAACCUCAACCCUGACACCAUCUCACCUAAUGGACUCUUCAUCCUCUUUGGGGUGUAUGGGGAUGUCCACAGGGUCAAGAUUCUCUUUAACAAGAAGGAGAAUGCCUUAAUCCAGAUGGCAGAUGCUACUCAGGCACAGCUGGCCAUGAGCCACCUGAACGGCCAGCGUCUCCACGCUAAGGUGAUCCGAGUGACCAUCUCCAAGCACCAGACGGUGCAGCUGCCCAGGGAGGGCCAGGAGGACCAGGGCCUCACCAAGGACUUCAGCGGCAGCCCCCUGCACCGCUUCAAGAAGCCCGGCUCCAAGAACUUCCAGAACAUCUUCCCUCCCUCCGCCACGCUGCACCUCUCCAACAUCCCGCCUUCUGUCACUGACGACGUCCUUAAAGACCUGUUUGCUGGAACUGGAUACACAGUCAAGGCCUUCAAAUUCUUCCAGAAAGACAGGAAGAUGGCCCUGAUCCAGCUGGGUUCUGUGGAGGAGGCUAUCCAGGCCCUGAUUGACCUCCACAACCACGACCUGGGGGAGAACCACCACCUACGCGUCUCCUUCUCCAAGUCCACCAUCUGACCCCCCCUGCCGCCCCACCACCACCUACACCCCGUCACCCCAUCCCAACCCCCCUUGCCACCACCAGGCUCUGCCCCUCCUCCCUAGGGCUGGCCCCCAUGUAAUGUGCAGCCUCACAGACAUGCCCACACUCACACCCACAAACAAACACACACACACAUACCAACGCACAAAACACACUUCCCCAGUACCUCAUUCCUUGUCCCCUGUCACCCCCCCCUGUCCUUCCCCUGUCCCCUAUGAAGGGGUUCAUUUGGGGAACCAGACACUUGUAGUGUGCUACUUUAGAUCUGUUGUGUGAUAGACUACUACUAUGGCUUCAGACAGAGACUGGAGGGUGACCUGUGAUAGGUUCAACUCCGGACAGGGGGAGGGGCAAGAAGAGAGAGGAACUCAUCACUCCUGGACCGUGUAGGAUGGGGAGGAAGGGGGGUGUUGAGGGGGCUAGCCUUCUUUCUGACCACCCCCCCCCCCCCCCCCAGUACCCCGUCCUGGCCUCUACAUCCUGUCCUGCCCCAGAAGGCCUGAGGCUCGGUGUUGUUCCAGUGUCGGAGACGAGACUCUUUUAGCUGCGUUGCCUUGUACAACAAAGGGGAGGCAAACCCCUCCCCACUCCUCAGCCCAUCGGCUGAGCAAGCCAACCCCACCCCUCCAAUGGGAGUGCUGGAGCACUCAGAGACAGCCCCAUUAUAUGGGCAUCACCAGGAACAUGGGGAAGGGACAGGAAGCCUGUAGCGACACUUUUAACCAAUGGGACCCCUCCCUUGUAGCAUCAGGAUGUAGGUGGGAGCCACUGCUGCCACUCUGACCCAGUGUCUGCCAGGGAGGCUCAGCCCCCAGUAGGAGGCUCAGAUCCUGGGCUUGUCCCCUAGCCCAGGCCCCUGCCCCCAGUGGAAGACCUGCAUCAGCAAUGUGAAGGUGAUUUCAGAGAGACAGGCUCUUUCUACCAUCCUGCCACUUCACCCAGUCUAGCAUCCUGCUCUAUACCUGGCUUCUAUCUAGCACCAUUCCAGCCCAGACUAGACCAGGCCCCAAAGGCCAGGCCAGGUCAGUUGGAAGACAUGUGAAUGAAUGUGAACAAUGUGAAGAGCUGGCCUGGAGGUCAUGUGUCUCUUCUCUCUUGUUCUCUCCCCUCCUCUCCCUUUCUCUCCCUUCUCCUCUCCUCUCCUGUCCACUCCUCUCGGCCUAAACAUAAGUCUUAUUGUCCUCUGGGGUAUGUUACCAUGAAAGAUGGUCAUGGGACCAGCCCUUACUACCAUGUGUUACCAUGGGGACCUGUUGUCUCCCUGUUGGGAGGGGCCAGUCAGCCUUCCAGCCCUGCUCACCUGUAAUCCAUCUUGGAUCAAACCAAAAACAGUCUUCUUGUGUUUUAAUCACCAUGGUCACCAGGAAGUAACAAUGAAAAGUGCGAUCACAUGUCUGUAAAGACAGACCUAGACCAAUCGGAGCCCUCGCUCUCAUACAGGCUUGUUGCCUUGGUUAAGCUGUAUCGGUCUAGCCUUAACAUUCCAAGGAGAAGAGUUGAUUGAGUAGCAUUGCUUUGUGGGAAAGCCGUGUGUGUGUGUGUGUGUGUGUGUGUGUGUGUGUGUGUGUGUGUGUGUGUGUGUGUGUGUGUGUGUGUGUGUGUGUGUGUACGCGUGCAUGUGCCUGCGUGUGCAUGCUUCUAGGAGUGUGUCCCUAACCCAACGACAACAACAAAACGGUUUUGUUUCACAAACGCAAGUCAAGGAUGGUGUCACUGUUAACUUUACCUUGAAAGGGGAACAAGAGCAGCGUUGGAAGUGUCUUACUGUGCCUGCGAUUCAAGAAUGCAGGAGGAAAUAUAUAUAACCCCUAGAAAGACAUGUAUAUAUAGAGAGAGAGAAAGGAAGUAUGCCCUUGCCAUUUCCUUUUACUGUUAACGACUGUGAAAAUCAUUUGUGUAUAUGUCCUUAAUAAACUGUUAGUGGACCCACUAUCUAUUGAGAGACCAACUGGAUAGACCUCUACACGCAGUCUACCAGACAAACUUUUAGACACAAUAGGGCAUUUCCAAACUCCUCCCUGUUCCCUUUUGCAAAACAAUGGCAUCCCCCUUCUAUUGAAAAAAAAAUAAUCUAAAAUUAUUGUUUUGAAGUUUACAGUCUUAACUAAAGCUAAACUAUUCAGGUCUACAUCUUUAGGAUUGUCAACAUUUUGUGAGAAAAAAAAAGUUAUUUUGGUAAUUUGUUCUUUUUUAUGGCAAAGAAAAAGCCCUAUGGAAGAUUAGCCAGGGUUUUAUACCACUGUAAUCACACCAUAUAUCAUAUUUACUGUGUAAUACUUCACUUCUUAUUAUGUGCCUUAUUAUGUUCAUACUCUGCUAGGUUUUAGACGGCCUAUCUUAUGUACUCUCUAGUGGGAUUUGGUGAGCGGGUUGACUUGUUUUCAGUUUUCUUCGAGGUUUUUAGAUGUGUUUUUCUGUGGGUCUUUCCAUGAUGCCGUCUUUUGAAAUGUAAGUUCAUGUUUGGUGCUUUAAGUGCACUUGGAAAUGAAUGGUAAACUCUGGUACCUUAAGGAUUCUGUGAGGGUCUCUCCUAACUGUAUGCGUGUGCGUCUGUGGUUCUGUGUGCGUGCAUGUGCAAAGUUUUUCUGUGUAUGUGUGUGUGUGUGUGCGUGUGUUGAUAAGGAGAGAUCCCCUAUUUAGUCUGGGUUACAAGGGCGCCUUCAUUUUGCUGUGGUAGAGUGAAGUCCAGAGAUCUCCAUCUCUGUGUGUGUGUGUUUCAUUUGUCAUCUUAUUUACUGUAUUUCAUACUAUUCGUUUUAGGGAUUUUGCCUGGUUUUGAUCUGUAGUGAUAUUUGUGUUUUUAUUCAUUUGAUCUUCUUUUAAAGGUGAUGAAGUUGGUUUUGGUUGUGGUUGUCUGUCACUCUGCUGUUUCAGUUGGCAUCAUUUGCCCUGAAGUUCUGACUGUAUACACCCCAUCCCCAUGGUUACAUUUGAACCUGGCUGUGUUUGAACCCAGCCCUGAUAAUGGAUGAAUCUGUUUGUGAAUGAUCCCAACCUCAGUGGUUAUGUAUGAACCUGGUUGUGAAUGAUCCCAUCCUCAGUGGUUAUGUAUGAACCCAACGUGAAAAUAUGGAAGCCAUCCAUUCGGUUAUAUGCAGGUGGGAGGUUGAGGUUGAAGAAAGUUUUGGUUUUUUUGCCCAAAUCCGCCACAUUGCUACUUUUCAUUUGUGAACAGGAGAGAAGCCAGACCGUGACACCUUGCAUAUUGAGCAAGCUGUCUGCUCUUUGAUAUGUUCAGUUAACUGUCCUGACAAAAAGUUCUGUCUUAACUCAGGCCACACAGGUCGGCAGCCAUGCCGCUCUGCAGCCUUUCGAAUUGUGAUUUGACAAUAUCAAAUGGACUGGAGACAAUAUACUCUACACUUUUUGUCAACGUUUUUUACUGAGGAAUCAAUAACGUCGCAGGACCAAAGUUUAUGUGCCUUUCAUUAAUUAUAUUCAUAACUUGUUUCCUUUCUGGCGGUGAAGUAAGAGGUCAGAUGUCUCGACUCCUCGGGUCUACAGUGGCUGGUGGCUGGCUUCUCCUCCCCCCUGACCCACACCCCCACCAACCCUAGAUAGCUGCAGUAGCUGUACCCAACCACAACAAUACAGGAACUGAAACCAAAGGAACUCUGUCCUGUUAGAAUGACCCAACAAAGCAUUGUUGCUUAAAUGUGGUGCUUUUUAGACCUCAAUGAUUUUGUGAAUGUUUAAAGUAUUUUUUUUUUUUCUUCUCAAAAUUCCACCCUUUUAAAAAUAAAUACGCAUUAUUUACUCAGCAAUGCCCCCCAACCCCAAAAUUGAGAUCCAUGCAAGACAAUGACAUGGUUAAAUUGGUAUGUUAUGAUAGGGAGAAAGGUGAUUGGAUCUUGACAGUUGUCUAGUUGUCUCUUCUCAUCUGUUUCUCGGUCUCACAGCAUGUUCUUUAUUUAUAGCUGGUCAGAAGUUUGAGCACCAAAAAUGAAUGCUUUAGUUCAGUCGGUUUCCUUGGAUUGCCUGGGCACAAUAGUCUAUGGGAGACACAGACAACAACAGACAUGUUUUUUUGUAUUUAAAAGGAUAGACUCUUGUGUAUUUUGAUAUCAUACCAGUACCAGCUUUGAUUUGUAAAGCAGUGUGUGUGACGGGUAAGAGACACAAAGUUAUGAGUUGAUGUAAUUAAAUGCAAAUAGAAGAUGACUUAUUAAAGAAACAUAUUUUCUAAUUUUUGCGGUGCAUGGUUGAGUGAAGUUUCCGUAUUUCAUAUAGAACAUUUUCUGUCAUGUUUUUAAUUGUUUAUUACUAGAAUUAUAUGAUUCUUAUUAUCGCAAUGGUUACUAUGAUUAAUACGCCAGAAUCUCUAGUUAGUUUUUUUCCUAAAACAACUUAAUUGUAGCAUGCCUUGAAUAAAUGUCACGACAUCUGUACUUUC